AUGUUAAGAAAUUUAGUUCAAAGUUUAAAUAAAAUUAAUUUAAGAGUUGCAUCAGCUCCAGUUAAUAACUCAACUCCAUUUUUACAAUCAUUUUUAGCUGGUAGUGCUCAACCAUCACAACCAAAGUUUGAGUUACCAAUUAACCAACAAAGCAAUGAUUUAGAAUGUAUGAUGAAUAAAACUUCAAGAAAAACCUUAAAGAAACACAGAAAGAAGAAAGGUAUCAAACAAAAUUUAAGAAGAUGUUAG